ACAUACGUACAGUACUUACCCAUAUGCAGUUUUAAAAUGUGUUAUUUGUAUCAAUAUUUUAUUGGACAUACGGUUUAGUUUUAGAAAAUAAGUAACUGUGUGAAAACGUAUGAUUUCACCGUGCACGCGCGAUAACUGGUUUAUAGCCGAAUAAAUUUUGCGCUUAUCGUUUAUUUUCACAUCGGAGUACUUGUAACAAAGUAAAUAAAACGCCGAAUUUCAUAUUUUUGGAAAUGAAAAGUCUCUUUGACACUAUUGUAAUAUUCGGGAUGGUCACGUUCUGUGAGAGUUCCGUAUCCUCACAAGAAGAUAUUUCUGCUUCUGCAGAAAUUACUUUGACGACAGCCAGGGAUCUUGGCGAUGUUUCUCCGAAACCAACGAGUUUAUACAGGCGGAUAAAUGUUGAGCGCAUCGACGAGUUCUCAAGCACUCCGCUGGAUCUGUUCCGUGUUAGAGAGCCUCAGAGAAGAAGUCACAUGGACUCUGUAUGGAAGUGGGACUUCUGGUGCCAAUUACAGCCGAAAAUCGGCAAAUGUUCCGACACUACGCGACGAGAGCAAUCAGGAGGAAUAAGGCAGAGCUACUAUUAUGACGCCCAACUGGACACAUGCUUGCCGUUCGCUUACUCCGGAUGUGAUGGCAAUAAAAAUAAUUUCCCAUCAUUAAUUGACUGUGAGCGCCACUGCAAGGGUUCAAGCUACAUGACGUUAAAGGACUCAACCAGAACAACGUAUUGUGCCCUGCAACCUAAUGCUGGAUUAUGCAUGUCUUUAAUAUCAAGGUAUUACUACGACGUGAACGUAAACGACUGCAAAGUUUUCGUGUACGGCGGCUGCGGCGGCAACCAGAACAGAUUCACCACCUAUACGGCUUGUAAGGACCAGUGUAUACAAUAAACAAGAUUUUUU